AUGGUGGCUCAGGCACUGCCUACAUAUGCUAUGAGUGUUUUUCAGUUAACUAAAAGUUUCUGUGACGAUCUGGAACAGAUGUGUGCAAGGUUCUGGUGGGGUAGUACUUUGGACAAACGGAAGAUUCAUUGGAAGACAUGGAAUGUGUUAUGUAAUCUGAAGGAAGAGGGUGGAUUAGACUUUCGCAGCUUAUCAGAAUUCAAUGCAGCUAUGUUAGCAAAACAAGUUUGGCGGGUACUCAAUAACCCUACUUCACUCAUUGCACGCUUGUAUAAGGCGAAAUAUUUUCCUGAUGGUUCUUUUUGGGAUGCUUUGCCCCAUGCUUCCCUGUCAUUCUCAUGGAGGAGUAUUUUCUCCACCAAAGCACUUUUAGAAGAUAGUUUCUGUUGGCAAGUCGGUGAUGGCUCUAGUAUCUCUGUUUUUUCAAACAAUUGGGUCUCCGCGUUGCCUUCUGGAAAGCCUUCAGUUUCAAGUAUGGCAAUGGAGGAGGUUCAACAUGUCAGUGACCUAAUAUCAGUUACAGGGGUAUGGAAUGAUACAUUGAUUCACAGGUUAUUCCCGGAGGAAGAAGCGGCUCUGAUCACAACAAUACCUUUGAGUAGAAGAAGCGUUGUGGAUAGAUUGACAUGGAAGUUGUCAAAAGAUGGUAAAUUUUCUGUAAGGACUGCUUACUGUUCUGCUUUUUCGCGUGCGUCCAACUACACUCCUUGA